GCGGCGGCGGGAGCGGCGGUGAUGGACGGGUCCGGGGAGCAGUCCAGAGGCGGGGGGCCCACCAGCUCUGAGCAGAUCAUGAAGACAGGGGCCCUUUUGCUUCAGGGUUUCAUCCAGGACCGGGCCGGCCGGAUGGGGGGGCAGACGCCCGAGCUGGCUGUGGAGCAGGGGCCCCAGGACGAGUCCACCAAGAAGCUGAGCGAGUGUCUCAAGCGCAUUGGUGACGAACUGGACAGUAACAUGGAGCUACAGAGGAUGAUCGCUGCCGUGGACACGGACUCCCCCCGCGAGGUCUUUUUCCGAGUGGCAGCUGACAUGUUUGCCGACGGCAACUUCAACUGGGGCCGAGUUGUGGCCCUUUUUUACUUUGCCAGCAAGCUGGUGCUCAAGGCCCUGUGCACCAAGGUGCCUGAGCUCAUCAGAACUAUUAUGGGCUGGACGCUGGACUUCCUCCGAGAGCGGCUGCUGGGCUGGAUCCAAGACCAGGGUGGUUGGGACGGCCUCCUCUCCUACUUUGGGACCCCCACGUGGCAAACACUGACCAUCUUGGGGGCCGGAGUGCUCACCGCCUCGCUCACCAUCUGGAAGAAGAUGGGUUGAGGCUGCCAGCUGCCUUUGGACUGUGCCAUUUCUGCAUAAAUUAUGACAUUUUUCUGGAAGGUUGGGGAUCCGGGGACACAGGCGUUUUUCUUACUUUUGUAA